AUGAUUAACGUCAUGGAUGCAGAAGAAAAAAAACUCUUCUUAAAAGAAGUAGCUUUAUUAAGUGGCCUUAACCAUCCCAAUGUGGUGAAGUUUAUGUCCGUUUGUCACAAACCUCCAGCCAUGAUGCUAGAAUACGUUUACUUUGAUUUCAAUUUGUUUGGCCUAGACAAACGCGUGAGUACACUGUCCGAUUUUCUGAUAAAAAUCGACGAGUAGGACAGUGCUGUUUAUCAAGAAAUGGUUUCUCAUGCAGCCACAGAGAUAAUAAGUGGCCUAGCGUAUCUGCACCAAACAGGAAUCGCCCACAGAGACCUCAAAACGGCGAACAUUUUAGUGAGCAACCAACACUACUGCUCUAUGUCAGUAAAGUCGCGUGAUUUACAUGAAAGUUAUCGUGAAAGGCCGAUUGCUUGCAAGCUGACUGAUUUUGGUGAAAGUCGGUCACUAUUCGUUCAGCCGCAGCAACUCUAA